CUAAAUGAUAACUGGACGGGGUUGCACUCUAUUUGACAAAUAACAGAAUGUAUCGUGAGUUCAACCAGAAAGCCAUAAGGUGAAGUCCAUCGCGAUUCUUCGGAAUGGUUCGCGAGGUGCUGACAGCAGACGACGAGCUGGUGAUGGCCGAAAGCCACGACAGUUGAUCAAAACGGAGCGCCUCAAGUUGUAGUCACUUCUAUUGUUCUUGUGUUGAACACAGUCGAUGGGGCUUGAAUUCAGGCGCCGAGACUACAGAGCCGAGGAGCAGGCCCGCCCUCUCCAGAGAACGCGUGCUGAUACUCACCCUCUCUCCGCUUCUUCUUCACCUCUCCAGGUGGAAGAAUCUAGAAGUGGAAAAGAUGAUUUCUGCGAUCCGCUUAGAGCAAGUGAUUGGUCGAUGGCAAUGUCUUCCAGUGAUGUACACCGUGAAGAUGUUAGUACUGAGGCAACAGCGCCCUCUCAACUGAGAACGAGGAAGGAAUGGAUUUCUUUUAAGAAAAUGUUGAUGCAACGGUUUCCCGUGUCUAAAACAUCACCAAUAUCAGUGGCAUCUGGUGUGCUCGUGAAAGGUAACAAAGCAAUUGAGAAAUCAUCAAAAGAUUUGCAUUCUGGAGAGUUGGAUGAUGACAAAAAUUUCGAUGACGAAGAUGUUAAAGUGAUCGGUCAACAGGAGUGUUUGUCAAAGUUGCAGGGACUGAAAGAUGAAAUUAAUCAGUCUUGGUGUGCUGAUGAUCGUGUAACGUCUUUAAGGUUGUCAAUAAAGGCUGUGAGGUUUCUAAUGGACUCAUCUGCAGUUCAGAUUUAUCCAACUCUUUUUGUUUUAGCAACUGAUAUAAUGGACAUGCUUGGUGAUCUGGUGUGGAACCGCAUCAAGCAAAAAGCAGGGAUCACUGAAGAAAACUUCAAAACUGGUGAAAUAUGCUUCGAUGCCAAAGGAACCUGCAAUAACUGGUUCUGCAAAGUUGGUUCUGUUCGGGAGCUACUUCCUCGCAUCUAUUUAGAACUUGCAAUAUUACCUUGCUGGCGCUUCAUUGAUGACCAUCCUGAGAAUAUCCUUAAACGCUUGUUGGAGAUGACUAGAGGCAUUGCUGAUCCACUGGCAUCGGCUUAUUGUCGCCUAUACUUGGUUCAAUGCUCUCAAAGACUAUCCCAGCAUGAUACAGGUUUUCUUAUCGCUUGCGUUAAUGAUCUGAAACUGCUACUCGUUCACUUCAUACCUGCAAGAGAAGCCGUGAAUGGGAAUCUUUCUCGAAAUAGUGAAUUACUGCUUACUCUGGUUGAACCUGCUAUUGAGUAUAUCAUAAGAUGCUUAUUCAAGGAUCUAAAAAAGAUGGAAAUUAGUAAAAUGCUUCUUGCACUUGGAAUGUCGAGGAACCCGUCAAUCUCGUCUAAAAAUCAUUCAUCCAUAUCGGUUGUCCUUCAUUAUAUACUCAAGGAGCUUCCAGUUGAAUAUAUUUGUUCUAAUGCUGUAGAGUUGCUACAUCUUAUAGAGGCCACUGAUGAUAGGUCUUUUGAUCAGAUUUAUUCUUCACUGCAGGCUUUAAAUUUCAAAUUACUUGGACAUAGGCUAUGUGAAUUGGUAUCUGAACUGAGUGACGUCCACUUAUUGGUCAAUAAAAUUAUCCAGGUUCUAUUUUGUUAUGCAAAUCUUCAUGCAUACUUGAUGGUUGCGGAUGCUUAUUUGGAUAUAAUCUUGGAGAACCAUUUGGGCAUGAUCCUAAAUGUAGUACUGGAUGGAAUAUUGGAACGUGCGAGGGACGAAAAAAUUGGUGAAAACGAGUUGGUUAUACUGCAGUCAGUUUUCUUGAAAAUUCUUACUCAUUUUGGCGACAUAGAGAAAAUAUUGUCACUGAACCAUUUUGUUGACAUCUUAGAUUUGAUGCAUGGGAGCGCAAGAAACUCUAUCAGUGUGCACAUGCUUAAUAUGGCAACCAGAAAUGGUGAAAUUCAAGAUCCGAUCAUCAUUGAGGUGCUACUUGAAGUUGCUCAGGCCUUAUGCGAUGGCUUAGACUUCUCAAAUAUGAGAAAGGAUGAGUAUCAGCAUCCAUCUCGAUUGAUUUCCCGUUUUGUAUAUAUGGUUGACCACGGGACGGAGGUGGAGUGCCAUUUGAGGUUCCUUGCCCAAUGUCGUGGAGCUUUUUCUAGCAUUAGUGAACUCCAGGAGAAUCUUGUUCAUUCCAGCAAUAACUUAGCCGUUAGAGCAAUGAGAGAUGGAAAUAGUAGCAUCAGCUUUGUCAAAUCAUGUCUGGCGUUUAAUGAUGUCACAAUACCUGCUAUUCCAACUAACUUAAGGCAGUUGAACUUAUAUAUUGAAACAGCAGAGGUAGCAGUGCUGGGUGGCUUUGUUUCUCAUCUAGAUGGGCUUUUAAAUGCAGCAGUCAAUUGCUUGCAAAUGAAUGAUCCAGACAAUGUUAUGCAGAUGGCAGAAGAUGGUGAUGGAACCAUUUCAUUAAUAUGUAAGUUAUGCGGCAUGUUGGUGAUGGUUCCAGGUGGUCUUGAACAAGAAGUAGCCUACAUUCCCAAGCGUUUGUUGUCUUUCCUAGACUCCCAAGCAUGGGUAUUGCCGAGAAUGAAGGCCAAGGUAUUAUCUGCAAUUGUUUUCUUGUCUGCAGCACUAUCCCAGAAUCAACUGUUGUACCAUGCUGUGAGUGGAAAGGUUAUUUGUGACUACCAAUUAUUUGUUGGAAUAUCAUCCUAUCAUCAAGAACUGUUGUCGUUGUCUGGUAUUGCUCUUCAGGGAAUUGUAAAUAUUGUGAUGCAAGAGUCUUCUAAGGCGCGAGGAAAAUUGGCUCUCGAAAGUUGUAACUGUGUAGCUUCAUCCUUUAUGGUGUCUGACGAAACAUUAGAAGUAUGCUCCAAGUUGGUGGAAAUAGCCAAGUCAUGCUACAGUGCGGACGACAAGUUUCUACAAUCUACGUUACGUUUUUUAGAUGCUUCCCAGUUCCAUUUGUAGUGUAGUUUUGGACUGGAAUCAGGUGUAUGAUUUUCAUAGCUGGAAGCCUUGUAUAUUGUUGUAUGAUUUGUCUGUCAAAAUCCGGAGAAAGCAACAGUUGAUGGUUAUUGAAACUACACAGAACACUAGGCAUCACUGACAUUGUUUUUGCAAAGGAAAUUUUUUUUCAAUAAACAAUUAACCAUAGCAUUUAUUUAA